AUGAAGGAGUCCCUCUUUCGCCUUUUUUUUCCUGUGGUCCUCUGUCCUUUAUUGAAGUUGCGGUCUACACCCUCUCCUUUGUUCUUGUCGCUGAAUUCUUCCUGAAAUACGCCUAAUUUUCUCAUAGACUUUGCUGCUUUGUUUUCAAUCAGAGGUUCGAUUCGGUCUGGUUCAUGAUUCAGCCACCUGCUCCGGUAUCCUUUUUCACUUUUGCUGCGUUGUCCCUGCCAAGUCUUCUGAGAAAGACAUGGGUGUUAGAGAUUCGAAAUAUCCAUUCCUGUAUUACUCUGCAGCUAUCCCAUGACAAAUAUAGUUGACCACGCCAUCUCUCACGGUGAAUUUUUUUUAUGCUUAUGUUGGCUUUCGUUUCUCUUACGUGACUCGAUCAAGCAUCAGGAUGAACCUUUUUCUGGGAAUCAUUUUUUAUUUUCAGUUUUUUUUCUUUUCGUGAUCAUCCUUAAUCUGUAGUUGCCGAAUUCAACAUAUCUUCUUUACUGCUAAAAGGUUUUUACAAUCUACCUGUGUAUUUUACAUUGGUUAUUUUUUACUUGUUGCUGUUUCCUUCCCCAUUUGAUGUAACCCAGGUUCUAUUUUCUUUUUUAAUCCGUUUGGUGGAUGAUGCUUUGAAGAAAAAAAUAUAAUUACUCAAUGAUCUAAGUUUUAGUUGAUGUCUCCCUCUAUGCUUGACAGGGGCAGCAGUUCCAUUAGCAAAAUGUAUAAUGGUUCUGAGCAGAUGACUACAGGAACUUACAUGGUGAGUUUUCCAUUUUCCUUGAUGCUUUACCAUAAGAAAUUAUUUUAUUGCCAAGAUCAGAAUAUGGAUUCCUGUAUCAAACUUUGGAUCCCGGUAUUUAAUUGUGAACAUCAUCAGCUAUAUCUCUGUGCCAUCUUAAAAAUCGGUUAGCUUUUUUUGAAACACAUUACUUCUAGUGGCCUGGAAUUAUGGAGACCAUACAAUCCAUAUUUAUAGUUAUUUAGGAUGUUUUAUUAUCUAAGACACCCUUAAUGCUUGAUGGGAUGGCCCUUUCAGGUUCCUGUAGCCAGUUCAAAUCAGCAAAUGGGACUGACUGCCACGUUCCUAGAAACUGGUCCUGCGGGGAGUGAUGGGGCUCCCAAGUUCAUUGUUGACCAGGGCUUCCAUGCUGCUGAUCCCAAUUGUUAUGGGUAUUACUGUACAGGUAGAAGAGUGGGCUAUUGGGUCUACUAGAAUUUUAUGUAAUUUUUUGUAUACUUCUAUGCUUAAAAAUGUGGGGGGUCUCUGUCAUUCAUGUGCAGCAGGUUCGGAAUCACCUGGGGAAUCAGAUGACCGUCAAUGGUUUUUUGGAUUAGAUGGUCAAGAUCUCCAUGGCUCGGUUAAUUUCUACCCUCGACCCAGUGUCUUCAGCUGCACCAUAUUAGCAAUCUCCAUUUCUAAUCCCCGUCUUUCAUUUUUUCUGGUGUGCAGGAGAUGCAAGCAGAUUUUUUGCCCUAUGUAUAUUAUUCACCUAGUUAUGGAUACACACCUUCUCCUUACAACCCUUACAACCCAUUUAUACCUGGUGCUUUCGGAGCAGCUGGUGGCCCCGUUUUAGGGGCACAACAGUACCUUCAAAGUUCUGCAUAUCAGCAACCUGUCUCUUCUCCUGCCUAUUUUCCAGUUCUUGUCCACUCGGGAGCUGAAAACGCUGCUAACUUUGCAUCAGAGUCUUUUGUAUUCUCUCCUGUUUCCUCGGGGCCUGUUGAGCCUGAUACUCUUGGUGGGAAAUUUACGCAAACUACAUCUCUAGUCACUCCUACUAAGCAGCAGUCAGAUUCAACAGCCUUCGGAUCAGUUCCUCUGAGUCCUCCAGUUCCGGUUCAAGUUCACCCAUCUGAAGUAUCACAAUUUGUUGCUGCACACGUGAAGCAACCUGUAGUGAAUGGAGCUGGUGCAUCUGUUGGUAUCCCCUGUGUUACCCAGGUAUGAAAUGUGCCGUUUUUUCUUUGUCUAGGCUUUCUAUAUAUAAACAUGAUUAAAUGGCCCACCCCACCUUUAGUUCUCAAUUUUUGUGAGUAAAUUCAAGUUGAGGGUAUGCUGAUUUAUUUACGUUGAGGAGCAUGCAUAUAAUUGUGGGUAUUCUAGCAUUGAAAAUUGUUCACUGAGAAGCUGAUCUGUCAUGAUUUUUCUUUUAUUUGAAAUGUGACUUCAGGCCAGAGAUUUUGCUGACUCCGUUCAAAGCUCAGAACGGCUCAAACCUGGGAAUGCUCCAUUUGUGCCCAGUUCACCAAAACUCUCUAUGUCAACCUAUAAUUGCUCCACUAAAUUUGAACCCAAUAUCCGCGGGCAGUCCACGGUCAAUAGGUUGAAGCCUAGGUCGCAGUUUUCUGGGCCUGUAAAUACCAUUAAGGGGAGCGUAGAUAUGUUGGGUGAGCAGAACUGUGGACCCAGGACAGACAGAUCCAGAGCUCCAUGGACAUUGCCUCAGGUUGAAGGCUACACGACCAAAGCUAACAUACAGGGUAAUAUAACCACAAAUCUCGAUCAAUUCAAUAAAGAGGAUUUCCCAGUUAACUACUCUGCUGCCAAGUUCUUCGUCAUCAAGUCCUAUAGUGAGGAUGAUGUGCAUAAGAGUAUUAAGUAUGGUGUGUGGUCAAGCACUCCUAAUGGGAACAAGAGAUUGGACAGUGCAUAUGAAGAUGCACAGAGACACUCCAAGGGGGAUGGAGAGAAGUGCCCAGUCUUCCUCUUCUUUUCCGUGAGUGGCCCUCUCCAUAUGCUUCCCAGUCUGAUUGCCUUUCAUCUUUGCCUCCGUGAGUAUUUGUGGUAAAUGGAUGCUUUGUUUCUUCUCUGCAGGUUAAUGCCAGCGGGCAGUUUUGUGGGGUGGCGGAGAUGACUGGGCAUGUUGACUUCAGUAGGGACAUGGACUUCUGGCAGCAAGAUAAAUGGACUGGCAGCUUCCCUGUCAAGUGGCACAUCGUAAAAGAUGUUCCUAACUCCAACUUCAGGCACAUUAUAUUGGAGAAUAACGAGAACAAGCCGGUGACUAAUAGCAGAGACACCCAAGAGGUGAGUCUUAUCAUUCGAUCUUUUGUUGCAUUUUCUGCUUCUCAGUGUUGCUUAGUGCGUCCGUUGGAGAGCAUAUUGGGUAUCAUGGUGACGAUAUGGGAAGGGGAGAGGAGACCAUUCCUACUCCAUACUAGGAUUAGAAAUAUAUGGAUUAAAGCAUCAUCUAUGCCAUUCUUGGAUUCAGGAGCCUCAUCAUUUGCAAAUUUCUUGGAUUUAGGAGCCUCAUCAUUUGCAAAUUUCUUGACGAACUCAACGACCUAUGAAUAUGUCCCUGCCUUUAGAUUCUCACUAUGAAUGACAUUAAUUAAAACCCGAUUGAAAAAUACAGAAAUAUAUGGAUUAAAGCAUCAUCUAUGCCAUUCUUGGAUUCAGGAUCCUCAUAAUUUGCAAAUUUCUUUGACGAAACCAACCUAUGAAGAUGUCCCUGCCUUUAGAUUCUCACUUUGAAUGGUAUUAAUUAAAACCCAUUAUUGGAAAAUACAGAAAUAUAUGGGUGAACUGCUAUUUAAGGUUGAUAUAUAUGGUUUAAGGUCAUUUUUGCCCUCAUCAUCUUUCCCUCUAUUUUUUUGUGUCUUGUGCUUAUUUGCCGAGGCCUCUCUUUGUGGACAGGUAAGAUAUGUGCCAGGGAUGAACAUGCUUUCCCUAUUCAAGAACAAUCCGUCAAAGAUGUCCAUCCUCGACGACUUCUUGUACUACGAGGAGCGUCAGAGGAUCAUGCACGAGGAGAAAGCUAGGUUACUCGGCAGAAAUUACCCAAAUAACCUAUUUUUACCAGGAUUUCCCUCACCAAACAGAUCAGUCAUCACCAUCAAGCACCCCUUGAAGAGAGAGAAGCUGAUAGAAUCAAUUUCGGUUGA